AUGUCUCAAACCGUUAGUCAGAUCAUCUUCUUCCGCGUCAAAUCCUCCGUCAAGCCUGAAGACCCGGUCAGCGAAGAAGGCGAGGCUUUACUGAAGAUCUUCCGGACAACCCAACAGCAAAGCGGUCAUAAGCACUCAUCCUGGGGACGCACAGUCGAAGACAAAGAUACCAUCGUCUGGGUGAUAGAUACAUCCAACCCCCCUACGAACCUACGACCUAUGGGUCUAAUCAAACCAACAGACUGGACCGACCCUCGUAGCACAAUAAAUAUCCACCUCCUCGAACCAUUCCUGGCCCCAGAAAAUCCCCAGCCACCGUCAUCGCUCCACGUCACAUUCAGCCCACCACUCUCUUGCACAGAAACCCUAACCAAAAAUCCCGUGACUGAGCUGUGCACGCUGUCAUUCCCAAGCGACCUCGACGUGCUAGCAACAAGGCAGAUCAACGCGGAUUUGAUCAGCUUCCGCACCACACUGGUCGAGCAGCUACCGCAGUCAGCGGGGCCACGGUCGUGGUCGAUGGGACAUGUCGACCGGCCGAGUAAGCUAACGCACGAGAAGAGCCCGAGUGGGCAAGCUUUUGCGCACGUCCUCGCCGUUGGCUGGGAAAAUGGAGAGGCACAUCUCAAGGCCAAGGAGACAGAGAAGUUUGUUCAGGGUAUUGCGCCUCUGAGGGAGAAGAUGCUGCCGCCUAUUCCUGGGUUGGAGAUUAAACAUAUUAGUUUUCAAAAGAUUGAGGGUUAG